CACUGCUUUGCUGAGAGGAUAGACGCAAGGCUGGACAGAGGGGAGGGGGGUAAACGACCAAAGGAGAUCCCUGUGUCACAGUGAAAGACAUUUCUUUCCCCAGUUCUCUCCCAACGUGUUUCGAGUCUCCCUUCUUUCCUCCUCCUCCUCCUCUUCCUCCUUCAUCUUCUUCAGCGUCUCCGUUCUGCUUGGACGGUGGCCGUAUCGAUGAAAAAUGGGUUGUGGCAAUUCCUCAGCCACCAACACCUCAGGAGGGCCAGCAGAUGUCUCCAAAGAUGUGACAGAAGAACCCUCGCCAGACGAUGAGAAAAGAAGGAACUAUGGUGGCGUAUACGUAGGUCUACCAGCAGACCUGACUGCUGUGGCUGCCAGUCAGUCCAAGUCCACAUGUAAAGGUAAACGCCUGUGACGCUGUAAUGUGCAUUUCACUCUCUGGAUAAUUGAAGAGCAUCUUGUAUUGAAGCAGCUAAGGGCGUAGAGAGAAAUAAUCCCAAGUGGCUGAGCUGCGACUCCAGGAAACCAUGUGCCUGCGUGCCUACAGCAUUUUGGGUUUUAUUUGACCUUUACUUUUAGUGAAUCCUAAUAAGAAGCAUUCCCUUUCCUGUAACAGUUUGGGUACUCACAGCUGUGAGGAUGAAUGUGGUUCACAACAUUUGUUUCGACCAUGGCAGUACAAGUAUAAUAAACAAUCUGUUAUUUCCCUAUUGUAUGUUUUCUUCAGGCUGUUCUUAUACACUGUUUGUAAUGCACUGUAAUCUGUACAACCUAUGUAUUCAAUUCGUAUACAAUGCAUGCAAUCGUAAGCCAGGACAGGUGAUCUAGUAUGAACAGGACUUUUAUCAAGGAGGCCGCUGUUCGUGUCCUGAGUGAAAACCGGAAUUUAAUGUUGACUUAUAUAUCAUGUAACUUCCGUACUUAAUUAAUGCCACAACAAACUGAAUACCCUCAUAAUUCCCUUUUAAAGCGUGUAGGAGAAAUACGGCGGCUUCUCCAGAGCCGUUGUUUGGUUUGUCCGUUCUGGGCUACUGUAGAAACAUGACGGUGCAACCUGGAGGACUCCAGAGGACCCGCUCCCUUUGUAGACUGGAAGGGCUUAUUCUAGGUAGCAAAAUGAUUAUACACUAAUAAAAACAUAGUUAUGAAUAUUAUGAUCCCCCUAAAUCCUACACACUGGACCUUUAUGAAAUGCCUUCUCCUCAGUUAUUUCAAACCAAACCACUAUCUUUUUCUAAACCUAACCGAGUAGUUGUGUUGCCUAAACACCGCAGGAGGUUGCACAGACACACUGAACGCUCAUGUUGCUGGACAUUCGUAUGAAAACAGUCACGAAAAAGCACUAAAAAUAACUUUUCAUAAGAUAAUUAUCCACAGCCUUACUAUUCCUAUUAGGGACCACGGCAGCCUUAUUUGUUCUCUUAUUCUAAUACAGUUUACAAUGGUAUUGACUUAAUUGACCACUGUUUAUACAACCACCUCUCUGACAGAGCUGUGGAACCAAUAUAAAAAGUGACAUUAACGUUUUGUAAUGUGACCAGUAUUAAGAAACAAACUGCUACCUUGCUGUUGUAUUUUGCAGUCCUGAAGGAUUUCCUCCGGCGUCUUUCCUCCCAUGUUUGUCCUUGUGCUCAUCCAAGUCAAACAUCAUAAUGAAGUGAUUCGUUUUCAUACCCUCUGGCACAACAAGUACUGGCUCUUUUUUCACCAGUAAGGUCUCCUAGUUGGAACUCCUUGGUAUAGUGCGUGGGUGUUUUUUGAGCACACUCUUGACAUUGACAAAGGAAAUACAAGAACUAGAAAUUUGUCAAAUAAUUAUCCUAUAAAUAUCUUGGCACUGAUUCUGUUUACCCCCCCC